UUAGGGAUGGAGGGAUGGAGCGGGUGGAGGAACACCCGAGGGAAAACGAGGGGCAGCGAGGAUGGGGACUUUUCUCCCACCAUAUCCCCCAUCCUGGGGCUUGGGAGGCCACAGGAGCACAGACCCCACUCCCCACCUCUGUCCUGACCUCCAGCCAGCACUUCCCUCCCCGUCCUCUCCCAAAAUUCCCCCCCAGAUCCCUGUCUCCAUCUCAGAGGGGGGCUGGUGAUGGCAGAAGGGGUGAGGUGGGAUACGGAGCACCCACAGAGCAGGGCAUGGGAGCGUUUCAAGGGGGUCUCCAGUGCCCAGAGGGAUCUGGAGGGGAUGAUCACCCAUGUGGAAGUGGGUGACAGUGGGGAUGGGGGCUCUGCUCUCACUGGGGGGCUUGGGAGGCCACGGGAGCACAGACCCCAACCCCCACCUCAGUCCUGACCUCCACCCAGCACCUCCCUCCCCAUCCUCUCCCAGAAAUCCCCCCCAGUUCCCGUCUCCCUCUCGGCGGGGGGCCGGCGGCGCCGGGCUCGCCCCCGUUUCGUAAGCGGGGGGCCGGGUGCGCGGGAACGCGUGCGCGGGGCGUGGGAUGAGUUCAGCCUCCUGGCUCCAUUCCCUGGAUCUCAUCCCUGGAAAUGUCACUGGAAACUCUGAAUGGGCCGGCCCCGCUCGGGGGGCGGAGCAGCGCACCCCGGGGGGGGCCGGGGCACACGGGGACCCAACGCCGGGGAGGACGGUGGCUCCUGACCCACCCGGGGGAUGCUCGGAGGAGGAGGGGGCUGUCCCUGCCAGCCCCCCGCGAUGCGCUGAGACCCCCCUCCCAGCUCCUUCUCCCGGCAAAGUUCGUGCCGUGGAUUUCUCUUCCCUGCCUCUCGCAGCUCCGUCCCGCUCGCCCCGGGGCUCCCCAAAACCCCGGCGCUCCCCGGGGGUCCCCGCCGGCACCACCCAGGAGGACACGGGCAGCCCUGGGGCAUCACCCCAGCACCCCCUGGCCAUGGCAGGUCGGCUCCUGCCCUCGGACACCAACCAGGCUCUGGGUGUCCAGGACGUCCCCUCCCUCCACCCACCCCUGCAGGCACCCCCCCAGCACACGGUGACACGGGUGCCCGUCAUCCGCCACCGCGGCUCCAACACCCUCAACUUCCACUUCCACGACCCGGAGCCCAAGAGCUCGGAGCCCAAGAACUCAGUGAAUGAGUGGUAUCAGACCUGGCCGGCCAAGGAGGUGAAAGCCCCCAACACCCCAGUGCCCGCCGGCCCCACGCCCACCCCCAGGGCCGCCCCCGCCCGCCCGUGCCCCCCGGGCUGGUCGGCCACCUGGACCAAGGACAGCAAGCGGCGGGAGCGGCGCUGGGUGAAGUACGACGGCAUCGGGCCCGUGGAUGAGACGGGGAUGCCCAUCGCCUCCCGCUCGAGCGUCGACAGCCCCCGGGACUGGUACCGCAGCAUGUUCCGGCAGAUCCACCGCAAGCUGCCAGAGCCCGACUGGGACACCCACCCCUGCCCUGCCACGGCGCCUCCAUCGCCCCCCAAACCGCGCAGGAGGGGCUCGGCACCGGCUGAGCCCCCCGGGAUGCCCAACGGGAUGGACUGGACACGCUGGGGUGCCACCGGUGCCACCGCAGAGCCCGGCAGCAUUUUUGACUAUGAACCGGGGAAAUUCUCGCCGCUGGAGCAGCCCCCAGCAGCGGCACGGCGGGCCCAGUCCAUCGAGGUGCUGCUGGAGCAGGAGCUGGAGCAACUCAGCGAGGAGCUGGACAAGGACAUGAGGAACAUGGAGACGCGCCGGACCCCCCGCCAGAGCCCGGCGGCUGCUCCCACCGCUCGCUCCCCUGCUCCGGCCUCCCCGGCUGCUCGGAGCCCCCUGUCACCCCACCCACUGCGGAGCCCCCCCGGCACCCAGCGCUCCCCCGCCAGCCCCGGCAUGGAGCGGGGUGUCCUGGGGCUGGCCAGUGACCGGAGCCGUGCAGCCCCUGGCAGAGACACCCUCAGGCCAGAGACCCUCCCCAGCCUGCCCGACCUGGGAGAUCCCACCGAGACCGUCAGGAGGGAGGAGAAGAAGAUGAAAGCUGCUCGCCUCAAGUUCAACUUCCAAGCCGAGUCUCCCAAGGAGCUGACGCUGCAGAAGGGGGACAUCGUCUACAUCCACAAGGAGGUGGACAGGAACUGGCUGGAGGGGGAGCACCACGGCCGUGUGGGCAUCUUCCCCUCCAACUACGUGGAGAUCCUGCCCCCCACGGAGGUGCCCAAGCCCAUCAAGGCGCCCACCAUCCAGGUGCUGGAGCACGGCGAGGCGCUGGCGCUCUACAACUUCCGAGGGGAGCUGCACGUCGAGCUCUCCUUCCGCAAGGGCGAGCGGAUCUGCCUCGUGCGGCGGGUGGACGAGAACUGGUACGAGGGGCGGAUCUCGGGCACCAGCCGCCAGGGCAUCUUCCCCGCCACCUACGUCCAGGUGCUGAAGGAGCCGCGGGUCAAGGCCACCGCCGAGGACAUCCCCCCCUCGCCCACCCCCGCCAUGUCCCCGUCCCUGCAGCGCUCGCCCGCUCCCCGCGUCCCCCAGAACCCCGCCGGCUCCCCCCGGGCGGUGGAGCCACGUCCUGGGGUCACGGGUGGGCACCUCGGCGUCGCCUUCCCCGCCUCCCCGAAGCUGCCCCACUCUGGCACCCCCAGCCCUUCGCUGGCCUCCGCCAGCCCCCCCCAGCCUGCGGCCGCCCACCCCCACCAGGAGCCCCGGCGUCCAGCCUGGGCCCCCGAGCAGCGUGCGACCCCGGGGAUACCCACCAGCGCCCGCCCCGAGCCCGCCCCGUCCUACAACGGCUCCGAAAUCCGGUGGACCCCGUACCGGGCGCUCUACCAGUACCGGCCCCAAAACGCCGACGAGCUGGAGCUGCUGGAGGGGGACCGCGUGGACGUCAUGCAGCAGUGCGACGACGGCUGGUUCGUGGGCGUGUCCAGGAGGACGCAGAAAUUCGGCACUUUCCCCGGGAAUUACGUGGCGCCGGUGUGACCCGCGGCCACGGCGGGGGACGCGAGGGCUGGGGCCGGGGGGCGCGCCCCGCUGCCCCGCCUCGGCCACGCCGUGUCCCCGCAGUGUCCCCUCCGCGGGGAUGAAGCGCCUCCAGCUCCCUCCCGCCCCUAUGGGGCUGCCUCUAACAGGGACAAAUCCCCCCGGCGCGGGGGGUCUCCCCCACCCCAGUGCCUUAACACGCCCCUUCCUCACCGCUGCCCGGUGCCCGCCGCCCCUGGGGUCGCCCCGGGGGUCCGCCGGUGCCGGGCCUGACCAUGACGGCCGCGACCCGGGAUGUGGGUCGGCGUCCGGGAGUCGCCUUUGCUUCUCGUCCAUCAUUAAAGCUCAGCUCAGCCCGA